UUUUGUUUUCUCCUUCGCUUUUGAUCAAUGUUGGUUUUGUAGGGUUUAGAGUUUUUUUUGGGGGUUUAGUCUUGCGGGGUUUUAUUAUUUGGUAAUACAAUCGGUGUGUUUCGGUUUCCGAUCAAUGUUUCCUUGGCAUUUGUAGCUUCAAUUUUAUCGGCUGACACUUGUGUCAUUGAUUCUGCUUUAAGGAGGACCAGGGUUUGUGAUUUGAAACGAGUGUCUUGAGGGACAUGGCACAUAAUGCAGCUGCAGUCGCCGAGAGGGCAACGAGUGAUAUGCUGAUUGGUCCAGACUGGGCUAUAAACAUCGAAUUAUGCGAUGUCAUCAACAUGGAUCCCGGGCAAACGAAGGAUGCUUUGAAGAUACUUAAGAAGCGCCUGGGAAACAAAAACCCCAAAAUACAACUUCUUGCUCUUUAUGCAUUAGAAACUCUCAGCAAAAAUUGUGGUGAGAAUGUAUUCCAGCAGAUCAUUGAGCGUGAUAUCCUUCAUGACAUGGUUAAAAUAGUGAAGAAGAAGCCAGAGUUAAACGUGAGGGAAAGGAUACUUAUUUUGAUUGAUACAUGGCAAGAAGCUUUUGGGGGACCGAGGGGAAGGUAUCCCCAGUACCAUGCGGCAUAUAAUGAGAUUAGGUCUGCUGGAGUUGAAUUCCCCCCAAGAGCAGAGAACAGUGUGCCAUUGUUCACUCCACCUCAAAACCAACCGAUGGUUGACCCUACUUCUGCGUAUGAAGAAGCUGCUAUUCAGGCUUCUUUGCAGUCUGCCGAUGCUUCUAGUCUCAGCUUGUCAGAGAUGCAAAAUGCUAGGGGACUAGCAGAUGUGCUAAUGGAUAUGCUUGGUGCUCUGGAUCCUAAGAAUCCUGAGGGAGUUUUGGAAGAAGUCAUAGUUGACCUUGUUGACCAGUGCCGUUCUUACCAAACGCGCGUCAUGCUUCUUGUGAAUAGUACAAUUGAUGAGGAGCUUCUAUGUCAGGGACUGGCACUAAAUGAUACAUUGCAGCGUGUUCUUGGCCGUCAUGAUGAUAUUGCAAAAGGAACCACUACUCUCACAGGAGGGCCAGUGACUCUAGUUUCACCUUUAGUUAAUGUUCAUCAUGAGGAUGAUGAAUCAGAGGAUGAGUUUGCCCAACUUGCUCACAGGUCAACUAGAGAGAGUUCACAAGGACUGGUGAGGAAACCAGCCAGUGUCAGGAGUGAGCCAGGGCAAGUAAGUGCACUUAUUCCUCCACCUCCCCCAUCGAGGAAGCCAGUCACAACAGAUGCUGGUAUGGUUGAUUAUCUCAGUGGUGAGGUGUACAAAUCUGAAGAAUCUCAUGAUAUGAUAAACCCAACAGCAUUCACUGCUCAUUCAAGCUCCAAUUCCUCCCCACCAUUUUCACCAAAAGUAUCCACCUCCCCUUCUUAUUCAGUGAAGCCAGCAUCAUCUCCUAUACUCACAGGAGGGCCCUUGUAUGAUGAACCAGCUCCGUUUAGCCAAUCCCCUGAUCAACUUCCCCCAGCUCCUUGGGACACUCAGUCUGGCAAUCUCCCACCCCCACCUUCAAGGUAUAAUCAGAGACAACACUUCUUUGAUCAACAACAUGGUUAUUCAAGUGGUGCUUCUCAUACAAGUACUGGAUCUAGUUCCUCUUAUGAUGGCUUAGUGGGACAGGCUCAAAAUCUCUCUCUCAAUUCAUCUACCCCUACUAAUCAACCAAAAAGUGAAGAUGCUCUCUUUAAAGAUCUUGUUGAUUUUGCAAAAGCCAAAUCAUCUUCACCUUCCAAACCCAACAAGUCAUAUUGAGUAGUUGGGCACUAAUUAAUUUGUGGAUUUUGUCAGUUCAUCUGGUGUUUACAUGAGAUAGAGAGACGAGCUGUGUGAUAGAAUAAGCAUAUGGGUUUAGACCUUUGGUUUUAUGGUUUAUCUGUGCUGUUUUGCAGUUUGAAUUUGGAUGAUAUACCUAUUUGAAUAUUUUAGCAACUAGCUAGAUCUUUGUAUAUGUAUGUAUGUAUCAUAUUGGUUGACUUUGAUAUUCCAUGGCAUGUUUAUGAAAAUGAGACCAUUCUUUGACUUCA